AUGGCUAGAAAAACGUUCAAGACCAUAGAAGCAGAUGUGGAUGCCGGCACACAUGAUGAUCGACUUUACAACAAGGCGUUUGAGGGCUUUAGAGCCAGCUUGAGAAAUACCCUCUUACCUCUUGUUCGCCACGAAACUCCCAUAUUGGCCUCCAUGCAGAAAUCAAUCCGCACACCUGGUUUAGAUCGAUAUUUUGUUUGGACAGCUAAUUUGGGUACGCAUACAUUUUUCAUGAUCUUCCUGCCAAUCUUGAUUUGGUUCGGCAAUGCAGAGCUUGGUAGAAAUGUUGCAUUUCUAGCAGCUUCCGGUGUGUUUUGGUCCGGAUUUGUCAAGGAUUUCUUGUGUCUUCCUCGGCCCCUAUCGCCACCAGUGCAUCGAUUGACCAUGUCGCCUUCCGUUGCUCUGGAAUAUGGAUUUCCCUCAACACAUUCGACUAAUUCAGUCUCAGUAGCCUUGUUCUUGAUGUCAAUGGCAUGUGAAAAGCUCGCCCCUGAGUCACCUGCUCGUUUAAUCAGUGUCAUUGCAUGUACAUUUUACGCUGUGAGUGUUGUGUUUGGCAGAGUCUAUUGCGGCAUGCACACAGUGACAGAUUGUAUUGGUGGAUCCAUUUUAGCUUAUUUGGUUUACCUGGCUCAAUGGACGUUUAAGGAUCAAUUCAACGCAUUAUUCACAAGCCAAUCAUACUGGGUGUUCAUGGCGAUUCCCAUCUGCUUAAUGCUUGUCUCCCUCCACCCUGAUCCCAUGGAGAGAUGUCCUUGUUUUGAAGACAGUGUUUGCUUUAUGGGUGUGUUGAUUGGACUAAUGCCAGGAAGUUGGCUGUGUAACCAGACAGACUUUUGUUACACUGGGUUGUCUUCAUCUGUUUUAUCAACACACAUUGGCAUCAUGGGUGCCUUGUUUUUGCUAGUCAAGUUAGUCGCUGGCGUCGCUUGUCUGUUCAUUUGGCGCAUCGGUUGCAAGAAAGUCUGCUAUUACAUUUUGCCUCCAAUUUAUAGAGUAUUCAACCUUCCUCACCGCAAGUUUGAAAUUGGAGCCAGAACAUACAAAAGUUUGCGCAGAGAAAGCAUCCACCCUGUCCCCUCUGUCUUGGAUUUCCAAUCCAUCACUGGCAACAUGGAGGACCAUGAGCAUGUGGGUAUCCAAUCUGCUAUUGAUCUGAGAGAAGCUCAGGAUCAAAAAUUGUCUUAUCGUGGUGGUGGUGGUGGUGGUGGUGUCAAGGAAGAGAUGCCCAUCUCAACAUUUGCCAACGACAAGGAGGCGUUUGAUCCCACUUCACUCUUAAUCGUCGAGGAUGCUCCACUUAGAUAUGAUGUGGACAUUGUCACCAAAUUGAUCGUAUACGCUGGCAUUGGAUUUGUUGCCGUGUAUGUGGUCCCAAUGUUGUUUCAACUAAUGUCCCAGUUUACUGUAUAA